AUGAUCUACUUUAAAUUCUGUACUUUUAUAUCUGUGCUACUUAUUUUCUGGGCUAAUGGCGUUUAUUCUGAUAAAACGUGUGCCGCUCGUCAGAUAGAAGGUCAAUCGGUUGUCUGUGUUUGUAACACGACGUAUUGUGACGAGAUCACUAGGGCCAGACCUGACGGUGAUGGCGCGUAUAUUGCAUAUACUUCAUCUAAGGAAGGUUCCAGGUUUAAGAAAAUCUUUGGCGAGUUGGAGUCGUACGAAAAUGAUGACAUCUUCAAAACGGUACUGACGUUGGACCCGAACAAAAAAUACCAGUUUAUAGAAGGGUUUGGUGGAGCCGUGACCGACUCCACUGCUUUAAAUUGGAAGAACUUGAGCGACCCACAAUUAAUGCAGUAUCUUAUAGACUCUUACUUCAGCAGUACUGGCCUGGAGUAUAAUGUGGUGCGAUUGCCUAUAGGUGGCACAGACUUCUCGACUCACGCCUAUGCCUACAAUGACGAACCAGAGGAUGACGUCAACCUGACACACUUCAAUCUCACGUCUGAAGACUACGACUUGAAGCUUCCAAUGCUGAAAGCCAUUUUUGAAGCAUCAUCGACGUCAGUACACGUGCUGGCGACGACGUGGUCGCCACCGGUUUGGAUGAAGUCAAAUCACGCCUUCUCUGGAAAAAGUCAUUUGCUGCCCGAAUACUACAGCACUUAUGCAUUGUAUCACCUUAAAUUUAUUGAAAUGUACACAGCACUGGGUGUGCCAAUAUGGGGCAUCACAACCACGAACGAGCCGGUUAAUGGUGAUUUAGGAGUGACCAAAAUAAAUUGUCUUGGAUGGUCAGCUGAAGAUAUGGGACAAUGGAUAGCGAACGAUCUGGGACCAUUGAUUAGAAAUUCAACGUUUAAAGAUAUUAAAAUAUUGAGCGUGGAUGACCAGCGUCCUUUAGUACUCUAUUUUUUCAAUUUGAUGGUGCAAGAACAUCCAGAAUGCCUAAAAUACAUAGACGGAGUUGCUGUUCAUUUCUAUAUAGAUACCAUAACGCCUCCCGCUGUAUUUAAUACUAUCACAAAGAAUUAUCCUGACAAGUUCAUUAUGGCCACAGAAGGAUGCAAAGGCUCAUUAUUUUUCGAAAAAAAAGUCCAGUUGGGAGCUUGGGAUCGAGCAGUAGCGUACUUUACUGAUAUAUUAGAGGACCUAAAUUACAACCUAGUAGGUUGGAUAGACUGGAACAUGUGUCUAAAUGACAAGGGAGGGCCGACCUACGUCGGUAAUUACGUAGAUUCGCCCAUUAUAGUCUUCCCUGAAAAUGGGGAGUUUGUAAAACAACCGACUUUCUAUGCCAUGGGUCAUUUCUCCAAGUUUAUACCGAGAGGGUCGCUAAGGAUCGAUGUGGAACAGAGCAAGCCACUGUUGUCGAAGUCUGUCGACAAUGUCGCUUUAGUAACUCCGGACGAUACGACUGUUGUUGUGUUGUAUAAUAGUGAAUCAUCAGAGAGAAAGGUUAAAAUUAGAUUGAACGACCAACAAGCUACAUUAACGUUAGAAGCUGAUUCUAUCACCACUAUAGAAAUUAAUGCUUAAACAAGACCCAAUUAUUCUCACAGUAACAUUUUAAAAUGUGUUAAUAUUAAAUAUACCUUCACGUCUGUGAUCCCAGAUGGAGUAGUCAGUUGUAAUUAAUAAAAUACCUGAAAUAUUAAUAAUUAUCGUCCUUAUUUAUCUUAGAUAAUGAACUAGUACAAUUGCUGUUUAUAAUAUAAUUACGAGGUAUAUUCGAGACAAAACGGUCAACAACUCGGA